UCGAUAUUAUUUCAAGCAUCGACGCCAAACUCAAAACUAGCUUCGUUGUGUUGUGAUAUAUAAAAACAAAUGUGUAUAAAAUGGAGCAGUACAAAAUAAUAAAUGCUGAAUUGAUGGAUCAAGUCCAGAGGCAGCGUAUAACUAUUGCCGAAAUGCUGAAAACAGAAGUUUUACUCAAAAGGCAGUUGCUGGAAGAACGAGAAAUACGUUUAGCUGACGCUCAAUACAAUGAACAGAAACUGAAAUGCGCUAUUAGGACAUUGCUUCAUUCCCUAGACCUAAAAUUAGAUAGCCGUGAAGACUACGAAGACACAUCUCAAACAUCAAAGGCAUCAGAAAAUAUCAAGUCCAGCUCAUACCACAAUGGACAAGCUUGCUCGGAGCUGCGUCGUUCGAGUGAAAGACUUCAAAGAGCUCUGCCGGUAUCGCCCAUUAGAAGGCGUCGGAGUAGCGUCUCAAGCUGCAAUAAUUCGCAGGAUGAGGCAAGUGAAAGGAGCACCACUCCAAUGAGUCCUUGCAAUGAAAAAUUAACAAUCGUGAGGAAAACACCAGAGCCACGACAUUUGGUAGAGCUGGAGUCAAACACGAGCUCUCCACAGGUCCAAGAGUCACCUGAGCCAGCGCAUCCAACUCCGACUCCGACAACUGUAGUUGGCUAUAUGUAUUCCAUUAUUGAAGAGAGCGAUAAUGAAGAGAACACCUCAUCUUCGUCCGUUGAUUCGAGUGAUACACUGCAGAAAUCAUCUAUAAAACCAUCUGAAACCAUCUCUAGUAUGGAGGCUUCGCCGUCGCCUCUCCGGGAUAUGACAAAUGUCCAAAAAAGACGACCCAGGUUUGUUCCCAGUGUAAAGAGCGCCAAAGAGCUGAGCCCAUCGAAAGAAAUUUCUCUCAAGACUGAGAACCAAGCUUCACUCGAUCACAGCGACCAAAAUAUAUCGAAGACAAUGAUAGGAGGGCAUGAGAGUAUCGUCGGCAAACAGGAGCCAAGCAUAGAGCAUGUAAGAGCUGCUGCUCGAAGCAGUUCACCGAUGCAGGUCACAUUGCCGUGCUCGUCGUUAAAAGCGGAACCUACGCUGACGCCGCGCCGCAGUCAAUUGAAUUUCAGCAGUUUCAAUGGCAUUGCUAAUCGACCAGAGGAUUGCAGCACGCCGCGCCAAGACGAAACCACUUUGAUUUCAAAUUGGCAACGCGCCUCUACAAAGACAAAGGGUAAACGUACGAGGAGCACAGCCACCUCUGGCAUUAGUCUGAACCGAGCGGAUAAUACCAGCAUCGAAGGCUCCAUAGCCAGUCGUGCUAGGCGCAAUUGUCGGCCUAGCUCGCUGAAGGAAGCCAGCCUACGGACCAAACUCCGCAACGAAACACAAAGUAAAUAAAAGUUUGUUUGCCUCUUGGAAAUUGCGGUUGAUCAUUUAUGCAU